CUAACAAUAAGUUAUACUAAGGUAUUCAUUCAUCUAUACCAAGUACCUACACUGUACUGCACAAUAGUUUUACCUACAACCAACUCACUCGUUCACCGGGCACACUCUUUGUUACUUGCUUGGACCUGAUUGCCCUCACCCUAAGCCCCUAAGUGUCCUCUCUUGUCUUCUCAUCCUCUUGCCCGGACAUCGCCAGGAACAGGGAGCUCCAACUCAGCCUCAUACGCCUACCUCUUGUUUCCAGACAUGACGUGAACUCACCUACCACACAUUCGGUCUGCUCCGUACCUUUACCUUAACCUUACCUUGUCUUGCCUAAUACCUUCCAAGGAUAUCUCAUCUCAUCUCAAUCUUUAAAAUAAAACGACAUACCUCACCUUUCCGCGUAUGUCUCUAGCUACAGAGGAUCUACCAAUCUCACCCACCUUAGUAGCUUUGGACGUCCGUUCAACCCCGCCGCUCACAGUCACGAUUUGCAACCCCGAACCCGAACUCGUCUCUUACCCAUUCUACUGACUGGGCACCUAUGAACGAAACUGAACCGAACUGCACUGAAUUGACGGGGUCUUGUCUGUUCUCUCGCUAACAAGUUAUCCACCGUGUUUGCUUAUGCUUAGCUGCUCCGUGCCUGUCGUCUGUCCUGUCCUCAUCCGGACCCUGCCUUACCCAUAUUAUUCCCUAUGGCUUAGGGCCUUACCAUCAACGCCAUCCACGCCCCGGCGACAAUGACCAGGAAUGAGCCCUUCAACCGCAUCGGCUCGAUCACGAGCUCUAGCAGAAGCAAAAUCAGAGGUAGCAGCAGCAGCAAAAGCAACGAUAACAGUCCGAGCGCCGCAAGUGCCGAGAGUAGUACAUACUUUGCGGUCACCGUGAGGUCCUCGUCUCCAUCUCAAUCGCAAUCGCAAUCGCCCUCACCCUCAACUGCCUCCACUACUCCCGCUCCCGCUUCCGCUUCUACUAUCUCCACUCCCAUUCCCACUCACUCGCCUACUCCCAAUCCGGCACCUAACGUUGAUACUCUAACACCAACUCCAUCAUCCUCCGCUGCUGCUCCCGUUGCGACAGCUUCCCCUGCUGCUGCUGCUGCUACCACCUCUAAUACCUCGACAUUCUCCUCGACGCCUCGCCAGCAACCAACCCCUACUCCUUCUGCUCGCCCAAGCGCUGAUGGCAAUGCUUCAUUGAGCAACCUUUGGUGAGUUUAUAGUUGUGAUUAUGAUUCCGAUAAUAUGCCGUCUCCCGUCUCCCGAUCCCCUGCUGCCAUCUCCCGCCCUGUCGCCGUUCAUCUCGCCUCCCACCAUCCAGCUAAACGCUUUCCCGCAUCUCACAGGUCCUCCUUCAAGGAUGAGCCUCUGCUCUCACCAACUGCUACAAACUUCGCCCCUCGCGCCGGCGCCAAUGCCCAUCCCAAAGACCGUCGCAUGAGCGACCUCACCAAUUAUCGACGUGAGCUCGCCGUUCUCGAAACCUCCCGAGUCCCUCAGAUCCACCAGAUUCCGCCCACCGGCGGCGCGAGCCCUCAAAUAGCCCCGUGGAUGAACCAGCCUGGUUCCCCUACGACCUCUUCCAACAUGCCGACCAGUUUCUUCAACGAUUCGAGCGACAACCUCUCCCUCGCCUCCCAGCUUUCUCCGGGUCAUCAGAUCAGUAACCGCCAACCACAUCAGCACCAGUAUCCAUCUCAUCCUUCGCAACACGAUGCCCCCGAGGCUUCAUAUUUCGAUGGCAGACGCCCAUCCGCUGCCAGUAUCCUCACAGCGAGCAGUCAGGGUAGCAAAACUAGUAUAACCAGAGGUGGUUUUCGCAAACUUCAGGGCUUCUUUGGCGAGGAAUUCCCUGGGCGCGAUAGCUCGGAUGGCAGCCUACCCACUUCGCUCGCGGGCAAGGACCAGCGUGGACGCUCUUAUAGUCACAGCCGCCCCACACAUAGAGAUCGCAACUAUUCCAAUGCCACGGAUCACACUCGCGAUGCAUCACCAUCAUCUUCGAGACCGAGAACUCCAGUUCCUGCACCAGAGGUGGUGCCAUUUCUAUACCAGGACAACAGUGACAUCGCUCGAUAUGGCGAAGCUCCCGUCCGAGACAUCAUGACCGGACCCGAUCGAGAGCGAUAUGUGGGUGAUGGUUCCUCACAAAUUCCCCCAAAGACAUCGUCAUCCUCGAGGUCGGGUCAUUCUAUAGUUCACUUACCCGGGCAUCACCGACACCAUAAGAGUAAUGAUGAUCCUCGGACACUGCGGCCGACAAUGAGUAGGGACGAUACAGCGAUUGGCACGCAAAUGUCGCGCGAUCGUGGGGGUAGUAGCGCCGUGUACUCAACCAAAUCUAGAGGCCAAAGCCCGACACCAAGUACCAGAAGUGCAGGAAUGACUUGGAGCACGAAAUCCUCCCAAGUUGAUGGACAAACUUCACCCGGUCAUCAUCAUGGCAAACGCGGAAUCUUUGGACGACUUAGAAGGCAUCACAAAGAUAAAGAUGACAUUGCUAAACUUCGCGACCUACCUCAAUCAACAAGAUCUCUCCAGCCGAAGACCUCGAAGCCUGACUUGCACCGCCCCAGCGAUGUAUCGACGACUACAUUACCGUUCUCGGGGACCUUUGUCCCUGGGGAGACGAGCGAUGUGCCUGAUAUGCGACCAAUUCCGGGUCAACGUGGCGCAACUUUCAACAAUAAGUUCCCUUUCGCCAAGAAGGGACGAACUCAUCGGCCUCAAGACUAUGUUGACGAUGCAAUUGGACCGACAGAUCGUAACGAUCCUAACAACAUAUAUCAUCUCGAUACCAACCUGAACGAUAUGGAGGGCAUCCUAACGAAACCUCCUCCACUUACACCUAUGGAUACUAGCUUCGUUAACAACGUCGAGCCUGAGCGCCACGAUUCCAUUAUCUCCACAGCGCCUAAAGGCCGUUGGGAUGCUCCUGACAGUUGGGCAGUGCGACGCAACACCGAAGAUAACUCAUACCAUGGCCCUGAACCAGAUGAGAUCGGUAGCCCCCCUCGCCCAGAAGAGAAAGCAUCGCCAUACUGCAUUCGAAUCUUUCGCUCAGAUGGUACAUUCUCUACACAUUCGAUGCCUCUGGACUCGAAUGUCACGGAUGUCAUCUCACAAGUCAUUAAGAAGACUUAUGUGGUUGACGGUUUGGAGAACUAUCAUAUUAUCAUGAAGAAGCAUGAUCUUAUCAGGGUUUUGACACCACCUGAGCGACCCUUACUCAUGCAGAAGCGGCUCCUGCAGCAAGUCGGUUAUGAGGAAAAGGAUAGAAUCGAAGAUCUUGGCCGCGAAGACAACAGUUACCUCUGCAGGUUCAUGUUCUUGUCUGCGAGGGAGAGCGACUUUCAUGCCAAAACAACUGACAUGGGCCUGGCUCGGGCUCAGAAGCUUAAUUACGUGGACCUCUCUGGUCGCAACCUCGUCACAAUACCUAUAUCCCUAUACUCAAAGGCCAUGGAGAUUAUCUCUCUGAACCUCUCGCGUAACCUCUCGCUCGACGUCCCGCGAGACUUUAUACAGUCUUGUAAACAUCUUCGAGACAUCAAGUUUAACAACAACGAAGCUAGGAAACUACCGCCCAGUCUGAGUCGAGCAAACAGAUUGACCUUUCUGGAUGUUGCAAACAACCGGCUGGAGCAGUUGGAGCAUGCCGAGCUCAACUCUCUUACAGGGAUGCUGAAGAUGAACUUGGCCAACAACCGGCUUAAACACUUGCCUUCUUACUUUGGAGCAUACCAGUCACUUCGCUCUCUCAAUAUUUCUUCUAACUUCCUCGACAAGUUCCCCACUUUCUUGUGCAAUCUACCAAGUUUGGUUGACCUGGAUCUGAGUUUCAACGCCAUUGCAACGAUUCCUCACGAGAUUGGCGGCCUGAAGAACUUGGAGAAAUUGUUGAUAACUAACAAUAGACUUACGCACGCUGUACCAGCGUCAUUUGGACAACUUGUCAGCCUACGCGAACUCGACAUUAAGUACAAUGGCAUCUCGAGCAUCGACAUUAUUUCGGAGCUCCCGAAGCUUGAGAUUCUUUCCGCUGAUCACAACUGCGUCUCUGCCUUUGUUGGACAGUUUGAGUCCCUUCGCCAACUCAAACUGAACUCGAACCCCCUCAACAAAUUCGAGAUUGUUGCCCCCGUUCCUACACUCAAGAUAUUGAACCUAUCGAACGCCCAGCUUGCCAGUAUUGACUCAUCAUUCGUCAACAUGGUCAACCUCGAGCACCUGAUCCUGGAUAAAAAUUACUUCGUUUCGUUGCCCCAAGAAAUCGGUACCUUGAGCAGACUCGAGCAUUUCAGUAUUGCGAACAAUUCCGUUGGAGAGCUACCAGCUCAAAUUGGUUGCCUGACUGAACUGAGAGUGCUCAAUGUUCGAGGAAACAAUAUCUCCAAGCUGCCCAUGGAGUUAUGGUGGGCAAAUCGACUGGAGACUUUCAACGCCUCGUCAAAUGUUCUGGAGCACUUCCCCAAACCUGCUUCCAGAGCACCACGGAUACCAGGAGAGGAAUCACAACCGGCGCCCCCUCCUGUCAAUGGAAGAGCUGCGCCACUCGCAACUCUGUCGGCCACAGCAAGCUCCGAAGAGUUGUCGGACGAUCGAAGACCCAGUCAAAAUUCGAGCACGCUUCUCAGUGUCGGACCGUCUCCUCUUAACGCUGGCGACCGCAAGAGCUCUGUCGUGUCUGUCUAUGGGAAGGGUGGCCGUAAGACCUCAGUUGUGUCUAGAUCAGCAACUCCGUCGGCCCCUACGCAAACAGUCAACACCAGAAAAGAUUCCGGGAUGUCAUCAAGGCUUAAUAACACAUUUGCUGGAUCCCUUCGUAAUCUUCACUUGGCCGAUAACCGUCUGGAUGACGAUGUUUUUGAUCAGAUCACACUGCUCGCGGAGCUCCGAGUGCUCAACUUAUCUUACAACGACGAAAUCAGUGACAUGCCACAGAGAUCGAUCAAGAACUGGCCUCAACUAGUUGAGCUUUAUUUAUCCGGAAACGCUCUCACGACAUUGCCUGCCGAUGAUCUAGAGGAGUCGAGUUUACUACAGGCACUUUACAUCAACGGCAACAGGUUUACCAACUUGCCAGCCGAUAUCUCACGGGCCAAGAACCUUGCUGUGCUCGAUUGUGGCAGUAACUACCUGAAAUACAACAUCUCCAACGUGCCCUAUGAUUGGAAUUGGAAUCUCAAUCCGAACCUCAGAUAUCUGAAUCUGUCUGGCAACAAGCGCCUGGAGAUCAAGCAGACGAACACAGGUCCUCUUGGGCCUGGCGCCGUCAACCGUGAGGAGUAUACAGACUUCAGCCGUUUGCUUAACUUGCGUAUCCUGGGUCUGAUGGAUGUCACUCUCACUCAGCCCAGUAUUCCCGAUCAGAGUGAGGACAGACGUGUCCGUACAUCUGGAUCACUCGCUGGCCACCUGCCUUAUGGUAUGGCCGAUACUCUUGGCAAGCACGAGCACUUGUCAACGGUUGAUCUCGUGGUACCAAGGUUCAACUCGUCAGAAACAGAGAUGCUCUUAGGCUUGUUUGAUGGACAAGCUUUGUCCAGCGGUGGAUCCAAGAUCGCUAAAUACUUGCAUGAAAAUUUUGGUCACAUUUUCGCUGGCGAACUGAAGCAGUUGAAAACACGAUCGAAUGAAACACCGGUUGAUGCACUACGACGCUCGUUCCUCCAGCUCAACAAGGAUUUGGUCACUAUUGCUAUCCAGCAAUCCGAGGAGCGGCCAUUGAAGACGCAUAGGGGCUCUGGCCAGCCUGUAAUACUCACCAAGGAAGACCUUAACUCAGGGGGUGUGGCAACUGUGGUUUAUCUUCAAAGUACGGAAUUAUAUGUUGCAAACGUCGGUGAUGCACAGGCGAUGGUGAUCCAAACAGAUGGUACACAUAAGAUGCUGACCCGCAAGCAUGAUCCUGCCGAGCCCAAUGAGAGAUCGCGCAUUCGCGAAGCUGGUGGAUGGGUUUCUCGCAACGGCAGACUGAACGAUCUACUCCAGGUUUCACGCGCCUUUGGAUACGUUGACUUGAUGCCGGCCGUACAAGCAGCACCCUAUGUCAGCAACAUGACUAUCCGAGAGCAGGAUGACAUUAUCCUGAUUGCGACUGGCGAGCUCUGGGAGUACCUGUCACCUGGUCUAGUGACGGAUAUUGCGAGAGCCGAGAGACAAGAUCUCAUGCGAGCGGCCCAGAAGCUUCGUGACCUGGCUAUCGCAUACGGCGCCUCGGGCAAAAUUAUGGUCAUGAUGAUUAGUGUUGCUGACCUAAAGCGACGGGUCGAGCGAUCCAGACUCCAUCGCGGUGCUAGUAUGUCGCUUUAUCCAUCUGGUAUCCCUGAUGACGCCCAGGUUCUCAAUACCAGGAGGGGCCGAAGGACGAAGGGCGAUGUUCUCGAUUCAUCCCUAAACCGACUUGAGGCAGAGAUCCCAGCACCUACGGGUAACGUGUCGAUUGUCUUCACCGAUAUCAAGAACUCGACAACACUCUGGGAGAUGUACCCUAGUGCCAUGAGAUCAGCUAUCAAACUCCACAACGAGGUCAUGCGUCGACAGCUGAGACGAAUUGGUGGCUACGAAGUCAAGACUGAAGGUGACGCUUUUAUGGUCUCCUUCCCAACAGCCACGUCCGCACUGUUAUGGACGUUUGCCGUUCAGAUGCAGCUCCUCGAUGUGAACUGGCCAUCAGAAGUCUUGAACUCAGUGUCUUGCCAGCCUGUUUAUGACAAGGAUAACAGUCUUAUCUUCAAAGGACUGUCGGUGCGAAUGGGCAUUCACUUUGGAGACUGUGUGAGUGAGACGGAUCCAGUUACACGACGCAUGGAUUAUUUCGGACCCAUGGUGAACAAGGCGGCUCGAAUCUCUGCGGUCGCAGACGGUGGACAGAUCACGGUCUCGACCGACUUCAUCUCGGAGAUACAGCGGUGCCUGGAGAAUUAUCAAGAUACAGAUCGCGGUAACGCUUCUGGCUCUGAGGAUACCUUUGACGACGAGACAUAUGCUAGUGCCAUUCGAAAGGAUUUGAGAUCCCUCACCUCUCAAGGCUUUGAGGUUAAGGAAAUGGGCGAGAAGAAGUUGAAGGGUCUGGAAAACCCUGAGGUUGUGUACUCGCUCUACCCUCAUGCAUUGGCUGGACGUAUCGAAUUCCACCUGCAGCAUGAGAGGAAGGAAGAAGGAGGAGGAGGAGGCGGCGGCGAUAAGCCAGCCGUCCUUGCACCCGGAGCAGAGCUCAGUAUCGACCCAGAUGCAAUUUGGACUCUUUGGAGAAUUAGUUUGCGACUUGAGAUGCUUUGCAGCUCGCUGGAAGGCAAUGAAGCCCCAGGGCUACAACCACCGGAGACAGAACUGCUCGAGCGGAUCAAGCAGCGUGGAGGAGAGGUCACAGAUCGCUUCUUGUUGAACUUCUUGGAGCACCAAGUGAGCAGGAUAGAGACCUGUAUAUCGACACUGGCGAUGCGUCACCUUGCUACUGGUGGUGGCCCUAUUAAGGAACUAGAAGAUCUCCAGGGCCCAAUGACUGCGAUCUUGGAUAUGUUCAUGGCGCAGAGGAAGGAACUUGAGCGGUACAGGAGGAAAUAUGGUGCGCUGCCAAGCUCCUCCAGUAGCGAAGAUGAAGACGAUGACGACGACGACGACGAUCCUGACACAGAAGAAGGGAGCGACACAGAGCAAGAGUUGUGAUUGGGUUCACACGAUUGGUUCAUUGGAACAUUACCCGAGCACUUAUAUAUGCUAUAAUUACCCACGCGACACGAGGAACACGACAAGGGGAGGGUAAACAGAACGCUUUUUGCUUGCACGAUUUAGGGAUAGCAGGAUGCGAUGGGACUUUUGGAUGGGAAACUUUGUCUUUUGAUUAGGUGCUGGGUUUGCUCUCUAUCCCAGACGCUUCGGUGCGAGGUGCUCACGAUGUGUUUGCGGUCGGGUCGGGUCGGGUUGGGGUUGGGGUUGGAAAAGACAUUGGGUUCGAAGACGGCAGGGCAAGGCAAGGCAAGGCAAGGCAGUACGUGGCGUUGGGCUAUGGAGAAAGCAAGAAAAUAUUGAUAACUGGCUGCUCUGUCUGCCAGGAGGCUCACAUACUAUACUUUGUUGCGCUCAGUGUAGAUUGGGAUGAUGGGUUCUUGUCUUUUCAGGGGUUAUGGAUGGCAUCGAGGAGUCCACGCAGGCAUGUAUGCAUUGUUUAUACGAUAUGAUAGGGCAUUACAAAAUCAGAUGAUGUAGUAUCACAAGGCACGGCCUCACACUCACACUGACUAAUUAUUGAACUGUGAUGGAAGCAGACACUUAUUUUGUCUCGUCUUGACGAUCUAAUUAACUGACACGCCUCAAGAUUCGGAUUCGGGGUGACAUUCGAGGUCCAACCCACCAACCACCUGUAUAGCCCCUAACCAGAUUUCUGAGAGCAGCGACAUUUGCGCCCAGUCCAAGUAUUUUCUCACCACCGAUUGUUCCCUUUUCAAUCUCAUCUCCUGCAGCAGGAGAGCCAGGCUUGAGAAUCUCAACACCGUCGUAACCCGUGACAACUCCUAUAACCUGCCAGCCACCCAACACCUUGCGUGGGUUCUCUGCGAGAGUAUAGUCGAAGCGCUCCCAGAAACGCGGCCAAUAAAGUUGGUCUCCCUUUUCGGUCUUGUCGAAGACUAGAACAGGUGCCGUAGAAUCAGGGUGGGGGUGGAUGGGGAAAGCGAUGGGAUAACCAGAUGGAUUUUGCCCAAACAAGGUCAGCCCCGUCAUGCAACUCAAGACGUCGGCGUGGACGUCGAUGACGGGAGUAGGGUCAUCACGGGUGAUGUAAGAGAGUUGCUGAAGUGCAUCGCCGCCGGGAUAGUUAAGUGAAGAGAAUAGGAGCAUGGCAGUGCUGCCUGCGAAGCUGACGAGGACUGACAGGGCGAUAACGGCAGACAAGCCACGGUAGAUGAUGGAUUUAGAGGCGCGAGAGGAGACAAAAUUAGCGCCGAGAGCUGCAGCGGCAGUCAGAGGCGGCACAACAUAGAAAAUGAAACGAGCCUCUUUAUGAGGCUGAGCAGAAUAAAUGGCCACAAAGAGCAAGUUGGGGAUCAGCAAUGCCUGCGUAGCCCGUGAUGUGCCAGGCUGGAGUAGUGCAUACACUGUCAACGCUGGCACGAAAGGGUUGAGCAAUAGCUUGGGAAGCGCUGAGGUGAAAUAGUAAUGCCAUGGAGAAAUGCCCCAUUCUGACGAAGAUCCAAGAAUAGCGUUGAAGUAGAAACCCCAUAACUCAGGCCAUAGGGGCUUCUGCCAGAAAUACGAGUCAAUAGGUACUGAGAUAAGCAGUGAAGAGAUGAAUGAGCCGAGGAAAGUGAGAACCAAGGGGCGCAGACCGAUACGACGCGUGAAAAGGAGGUAGAGUCCUGUAGUGCUGAGAAGAACAGCGACUUCAGAGCGGAAGAUGGCUGCUGCGAUAACCAAGAGGGCGAUGGCUUGUUUCUGACGAGCAGCAGAGAGAUGAGGUGACGAUUGGGGAAGUAGGAAUGCUGAAGC